AUGGAAGAACAUUGGCUCAUCAUAUCAGAAGCUGGAGUCGAUAAAGUGGGAGCAUUUUGGAAAGAUUUUAUUCGUCGUCAUCAUGUAUUGUGUGUUGGUUUUAUAUAUUGUUUGACUGUUACGGCUAAUUUUGAUGCUGAAUCAGAAUGGCAAAAAUUUAAAGAACAAAAACAUUAUUCAUCAUCGACAGAAGAAAAUCUAAGAAAACAAAUAUUUUUUGAUAAUGUUAAACGUAUUAAUAAUCAUCAAUUAUCAUCAAAAUAUUCGUUAAAACUUAAUAGUUUUUCUGAUAAAAUAAGUCAGGAACUUGUACAACCAUUUCGUAUGACUUCUAAAUAUGAACGUAUUAAUGUACAUCAUCGACAUAAUGGAUCAUUUGUGCCACCAGAAAGUUUUGAUUGGAGAACAAAAGGUGUAAUUACAAAAGUUAGAAAUCAAGGUCAAUCAGGAGAUGGAGUAGCGUUUGCUGCCGUAGAAUCAAUUGAAAGCUUGUAUGCAAUUCAAACCAAAAACCUAGAAGAAGGAAGUGUGGAGCGUGUUAGUGACUGUUGUCCACAACAUCUCGUGCCGUUUGAUUGUAUUAAAAAAUUAGGUGGCAUUUGUCAUGCUGCCGAUUAUCCAAAACCGACGGGUGAUUGUGACCCAACAGCUUGUAAACCAUUUGCCACGUUUAAUAAAGUUACACAACUUAAGUCGAAGAAUGAAGAUGAUAUGGUUACAAUUAUUCAAGACUCACCUUUGUUUGUUGGAAUUGAUGCCAGUGAAACUUCAUUUCAGUUUUAUAGUACUGUUACAACUAGUUGGGUAUGGUAAAACAGAUGAAGGUGAAUUAUAUUGGAUAUGUAAAAAUAGCUGGGGUAAGUGUAGAUUUUGAACCAAGUAAAUAUUCUAUUGAUAUUAUUUUAUUUGUUUCCAGGUUCAUCAUGGGGUGAAGACGGAUAUAUUCGAAUUUUACGGGGGAAAAAUAUGUGCGGUAUUGCUACUUUUGUACUUCAAAUUUCUUAAAAGUACUUUAGAAAUAAUAAGUUUUUAAGAUGUGUGGUUUGUUUUUCUUUUAUUGAUGAAGGAACGUCUGUUAUUAAAAGAAGAUGAAAAAAUGAUUAUUGGUCUCUGUUUAUCGCGAAAAUAAAGCAUGGAUAUGAUUUUUCAUAAUAUCUUCCCCGUUUAAUUAAAUGAGUAUAACCCGUUUUAACAGAUACACACAUGGAGUUUCACUCGUUGACGCUUUUUCUAUCGUUAUUUCUGUUAACCGACUGAUAGCACAAAAAGAAACGACGAGAAAUCAUUGUAGUACCCCAACCGCUUCGUAUCAAGGUACCGUACGCUCCAUGAUUUUGUAGGCUCGGUCAAAUUAAAUUUUCGUGCCAAGUCCACCAGCAAAUACGGUUAUUCUCGAUAAAACUGAUGCGUCAGACCUAAAAACUUCAUAGUUAUUCGCUAUAAUAUAUGAUUAAAAAUACUCAAAAGUCGAGUAACAUUGUUUCAUUAUGUCGUCAUGUAGCCAAAUGUUGAUUCUAUAGGUCGGAAGCAGCCAGCAUGUUUUUGAACGUUAUGAGUGUUAUGAACCUUAAUAGCGAACGCACAAGGGCUUUUUCAUAUCUUUUGACAGAGUUCAUUGCAAACGUAGCAUCACUGCAACAAAAGAACUAUGAUAGAGAUUCUAUUUUUAUAUGAUUACAUCGUCAAUUAAUGAAUUCACCGACUCUUUUCUGACUACAAUUUCAUUCUGAAUAGAUCACGCUUUCCUUUUAUCUGAUCUAUGUUAAUAUCGAAAAAGAAAUAAUAAACAGUGAUGCAAUACAGACUCAUUUGUCUGUACAUUUGUUCUAUUAAUUUGUGAGAUAUCUAUCAAUCGACCGAAAAGUGUGUGCUGUCAUGUUAGAUUUCACUAUAUUUUUGACAAGUGUAACCACUAUAUUUUCCCUGCCUGACGAUAAAAUAAAGUCAAUACGUAGGCUUCGGUUAAUCUAAAAGUUGUGUCAUCCGAAAGUAUCACUCAGUGGAUAGACCUUGUUAGCAAUUCUCGAAAUUAUACUAUACCUUUAUCUGUAACUUAGUAGUCGUAAGAUGCCGGUAAUUCAAAAUUCGAGAACAAAUGGUUUUUUGUUAGAACCACAUUUGAAUUUUCUUGAUAAAAUGGCCUUCUUCGUCUCUUAUGUUAUCCAAAAAAAAAUCCUUAGUCCGGCCCGAUCCGACAAAAAUACUUUUCGGCCUAGCCUGGUCCCUCCCAGCCACUCUGCAAAAUUUUCUAGUCCGGCCUGUGCUAAUCUCAGGUACAGUCAAUAUCAUUGCUUAACUUCUUGGCUAUGAUUAUUUCAACGUAGGAUUUUUACAAGUGAAGAUGCUCUGUAGUCUUGCCAUGGAUAAAACUAAUUUUCUUCAAAGAUGAACUCACACUCACACAUCCAAAAGCACCGUGUCCUGAUGUACAUUCAGUACACCAAAUCCCAUUCGGGAUAUAAAAAUAUAUCCUGAUCAGGAUAUAUUUAUAUCCGGAAAGGAACACAUAUCCCGUUCGGAUUAUGAGGCCGGACUGUCUGUUCAGUGUGAGGAUAUAAGUGUACAUGUGAUAUCCUCGUUAUAUGACAUUGAACCGGUAUACCAACACAUGGGCGCUGAAGCGACAUUUGGGCGCAACGACAGUUGAGAUUCAAAGACGCCGGUGUGAGGAUGAGGGUGAGGAUCGAUGAAGAUUAAACAAAAAGUGAUUGCAGCUGGAUAUGAGUAAUAUAGAAAAGCUCUCACACCGUGCCCCAAAUUUGUUUAAAGAAAUUUUACCGUUAUGCAUCAUACUUUAGCAAAUGCACUCUUACUGAACGCUUCUAUCGUACAUGCGCCCAAAUACCGUUGCGCCCGAACGUCGUACUCCCAAGGAUCGCGCGCCCAAAUGUCUGGUAAUCCAUUGAAUCAUACUAUUACUAGGAAACACACAGUGCUAUAUUCACUAAAGAUCAAUAGUUCCUUUAGAUGAACAACGUUGAAAUGAAUCAAGAAUCGAUUAUCAGUAUCUGUAAAGAAAUGAAACAAGUGCUCAAUAUCUUUUUAUACUUUUCUUUGAUCUAUUGAUUAUUGGAUAUUUUUCUUGUCUUUUUCGUCGUUUUCGUGUUAAAUAGUUUUCAUCCGUUGAUUCAUCCCCGCGUGAUCUACGGAUUACUCAGCGUUUAUCGCCACUCAGUUCCCGCCAUUUUUUGAAUUCUUUUUUAUUUUGAACAUAAAUUGUUCCACAUUGAUUAAUAUAUUUAAAAGUAAAAAUGGUCUAUGGCUAAAUAUACAGAAUUAGUUAUAAAUGUAGAUUAUAGAAUCAAACUAGUUCGAAACUAUGCAAAGUAUUUCCAAAUAAUCGUUAACAUUGCGAUGUUAAACGACCGGACUUCUUAUACAUUUUACCUUACAAUCCAAAGCUAUCUCAGCAAUCUCUUGCAACUUGAAUGAACACUCAUCAUAGUGAUUCUUUUCGGUCUUGCUAGUGAGGAUCAAUUAAUACCAUAGACUUAAUGAAUAUCUUGUUCUCGCUUCUGUACUCAAAUCCAACUGAUUUUCACUGUUUUCACGUCGAUAGUAGCACUAUCUAUCAAAUCUCUCAUUAUGUUGCCAUUAGUAGCAUCUAUCUUUUUCAAAGUCUUAUAGCUAACAGUACAACGUAUGCGAGUUCUACUACAUAUUUAGCUUCAAUACUUCUCCUGUUCGCAAUUUUUAUUCUUCCUUACGUGUCCACCAUGUAUUAGACAAACACAGACAUUUUUCUUUCCAUUUAUUAUAUUAUUAUUCAUAUUUGAUCUUAGUUGACUUCCAGUCAAAAUAGUGAUUAGCAUAAUAUGGGGUAACGACAAAUCAUCGAAAAUAUUUUCAUCGAACGAUAUUUCAUUCAAAGAUUUUUCAUCGCAAGGACUUUUUAUCAAACGAUAUUUCGUCGCACUAGUGUACUAUUGAAUUUUCCUAGAUAACUGAAAGAUAACUACAAAGUAAAUAAAGUACACUGGCUGUAAGUAGCUUGAAUUGACAGAAAGUUUAGAAAACGUAAGUUAAUUCUUCGACAUGUGGCACAAUGAAAUACAGAUAUAAAGUAGAGGAGAGAAGGUGCCUUUAAAUGCCAUACGAUUUGAACGUGAUCAUAAAACAACGGAAAGGUUUUUUAAGAAGUUAAUAAAGCAAAAUACACAUGCCAUAUUACCCAAGCAAAAAAAUGCCUUUGAGAUUAUCUAGCUAUAAAAAUAUGUUAUCGGGUAAUAUCGGCUUGUGAUAGCUAGCUAUCCGUACCACUUUUAUUGAGUUAGCUAGCUAUAUCGAGUAUGAUAGC